UGAUCCCAGCCUCUCACUCCACAUAUGAUCGAUCUGCUGCAUCGGUAAUUGGUGCUAUUUAAACACAACAAUGGAAGCCCCAUAUCAACAGUCCCGCUGUGCUCAUCUGUGAACAUUCGAACAAUACGAAAAUUUUUACGCCGAAAAAUGCGACAUGUGUUGUGUAUCGAUGAGAUAGGAAUAUUCUUACGCUUCUUCUUCUUCUUCAAUGGCACUAACGUUCCUAGAGGAACUUCGCCGUCUCAACGUAGUAUUACUUGCGUCAUUUUUAUUAGUACUUAGUUGAGAUUUCUAUGCCAAAUAACACGCCUUGAAUGCAUUCUGAGUGGCAAGCUCUAGAAUACGCGUGAUCACAGUGCAAGUCGGAGGAAAUUUCUUUGACGAAAAAUUCCCCCGACCAGAACGGGAAUCGAACCCGAACACCCGGCAUGUUAGUUAUGACGCUAACCACUCGGCCACGGGAGCACUCUUACGCCUAAAUGGCUACUAAAAUACAACAUAAGAAAAAUGCACACGAUAAAUUCGGUUCUGUUACAGCUGAAUUGCUAGAUGAGCCUAAUAAUAAAAAUAAACAGAUGGGAUUAAAAAAAAUAGGCGAAAAAAAUAAUCCGGAAGCACAUGAGAGCAAAAUCGAUGGUGGUAAUAGGAGUGGAACGCGGUACAGAUGGACAUAGAUAGAUGGACACACUGGCUCAUACCGACCCUAUCGGGCUAAAUGAAAAGGAAGCAUGAAGAGGUGAAUUUCAAUUAAACGCAAUUUCCGUUUGGUCACGGGUACUUCGAAUAGAAUCUACACCGGUUUGGACACGCAAGGUUGCCUCUUUGUCUUUAAUGCAAAAGUGAAAGAAAGGGCACGUCGUUUUUGUCUAUCCAACACAGCACAAGUUCAGUUUUUACGGCGUUGAAAAUAUCGAGUUUUGUUGCAAAUCGGCAUUAUCGGAACCAUCGGAUAGAUUUUGUAGGGAUUUCAGUGUUAAAGACAAAAACAGGAUCAACCGAACAGUUUUGAAGAAGAAGAAUUAAAGACAUUACUUGCUCAAGAUGCGUGUCAAACGUAAACAGAGUUUGCAGAAUCAUUGGGAGUAAUUCGACAAGCUAUUUCUUAACGACUUAAAGCUGCUCAAAUGGUACAAAGGAAGUCCUUUUUGUUUCGAAUCGUUACCGGGGACGAAAAAUGGAUUCACUAAGACAAUCCAGAACGCUAAAAAUCGCCUGUAAAGCUUGGCCAACCACGAUGUUCCAUGAUGUUCCGAUAUCCACGAUGUCAAAGUAAUGCUCUGUAUGUGGUGGGAUCAAAAGGGUACGUUCCACUAUGAGCUGCUAAAACCUGGAAAACGAUUAAUACUUCUACAGGCAACAACUGAUCCGUUUAAAGCGAGCUAUUGUCGAAAAACAUCCAGAUAUGUGACCAAACGCGAAUCGAUAAUAUUCCAUCAUGACAACGCUCGGCCUCAUGUUGCUGUUUGAUUUAAAAACCAUUUGGAAAUUUGGGAAUUCUAGUUCACUCGUCUUAUAGCCCUGACCUUGCCCCUUCCGACUACCAUUUGUUUCGAUCGAUGCAAAACGCUUUGAGUUGAAUACGCUUUACUUCAAAAUAGGAUAUCCAAAAUUCAUUUUUGGCUUCAAAAGAUGAACGCUUCCUUCGCGACAGAAUACGUGAAUUGCCAGAAAAAUGAGAAAAAUUAAUACAAAUCACGUCUGGGCAAUAGCAGAAGUGCAAUGCUUACCAACGUGUUCCGCAGGUUACACAGGAGUAGAAAAUUUGGUUUUAGUGAGUGAUGAGUCCUACACGACUUCUGGGUUUACCUGUUUCACAUAAGACUUGUAGAGCUGGUAAUCUCUUAAUAAACCAUUGCCUCUUGAAAUGGAAUUCAAGCGGUAAGUAGAUUCGGUGUAUAUCGGUUCUGCGUAUGCAUUCGAUACUAUACCGCAUAUCGUUGUCAACAACAAAAUGAAGGAUGUAGAUUUCCCGACUGAUUUGUUGUGUUGUAUUAGAUUUGGUGUACUCCAGGGCAGUGUCCUUGAUCUACUUCUUUUGACAAUGAUUUAGAAAUCUAUCAUAACACAACCUCGCAUCUGUAUCAUGUCGUUUCGCAAGCAGACAUCAGAACUGUGCUGACCUGGUGUGACGAUAACAGGAUGUGCAUCCAUCGUAAGAUGUGUAAGAUACGAGGGCAGUCCGAUAAGUACUUAGCUUCAUCGCCCGAUGGUGUCAGUAUCGCAAGAUAGAUUACUUAUCGUGUAGUACAUUCUCGUAAACGGCUACUGUCAAAACUUCAGCCGAAUCGGACUCGUAGUUUUGUUUUGACCGUGUGUGGAAGCGGGCGUGUUCGCGGAUUUAAAAAAAAUGGAAAAAAUGAAAAUUGCGCCGUCGCCACGAUCAAGUUGGUCGAAUUGCACAACGAACUGCUGCCCCAUCCACCGUAUUCUCCAGAUUUGGCCCCGUGCGACUUUUUUUUUGUUUCCAAACUUAAAAAAGGCACUCGCCGGGCAGAAAUUUGAGUCGAAUGAGGAGGUCAUCGCCGCCACGGAGGCCUUUUUUGUAGACCUCGAGAAAACAUAUUUUUAGAUGGAUUAAAGAAGUUGGAGUAUCGCUGGGGCAAGACUAUGUUGAGAAAUAAAUCGCCACUUUCCCAAAAUUUUUGUUUGUAGGCUCAGUACUUAUUGGACUGCCCACGUAUAUCCUUUAAUCGCCACCGCAGUUCUGUCCAUCACCUUUGUUCAUAAAAAUGGAAACUUAUAUUAAAAAGCACAUGGGAGUCGCGGCAGUCGAAACUUUCUCUGCUCUAGGAUUUAUUUGUCGACAAGCCUCUUUGAUGGUCCUGUUACCCUUCCUUCCUAUUCUGACCGUUGGCUAUUGAUUGACUUGGGAAAUCUAACUAGCAGAUGAGUUAGAAUACAACGUUUGUAAUUCAUAAAGAUUCUACUAAGGAAUAUUCUCCAGGAAAAAGAGUGGAUUGAUGUCCUUUACGGGAAACUCCACCCCGCUGUCUCGAUAUUAUUCUAAUAAUUCCCGGCUGUAGUGGCAGCCUGCCAAAUCAAGCCAAAACUCUCCAUUUUGAGUUUCACUGUACGGAAGAAUGCGUCUCCCUCCGGCUCUCCUGCUUGUACACUUUGAAAUCUAUAGAAAUCUAUAGGAUACAUACUUCGUACUUCGUAACAACUUCGUUGUACAGCUUUCGGACACGUAUAUUGGUCACCAGCUUCUGCUUCUGUGUCCCGUUUGGUUGCUUACUGGCCCGAAAAGGUAGGAAUACCUCUCGCAAAUGAAUCCUCCCGACGGUGCUCUGGCUGGCGCUGAAUUUCUUGGUGAUAUCAUACUCCAACAGCCCUGGGUUUGCCCUAAGCGUGCCCCACACUUUCAAAUGCAGAUCUCGAUCCUUAGUUCUAGUACGAUGCUUGUUAUGAUUUUGAUCGAUAGUAUGCCGCUCACGGAAAUGUUGAGAACGCUGCACACGGUAGAUUUAACUAAUGUCAACGACUUUUUACCCAUACCCAGAGUCUAAUUUUCGGAGUGGGUGUCAAAAUAAAUUCUUGGUUCGCGACUUCCACCAAAUAUAACUUCUUUGGAACAAAAUGAAUCGUAACGAUCCUUCAGCACUCAAAGAGGAAACAUUUCAUAACAAACAGCUACCAAAACGUUCCUGAUCCUACCACUAGGAGCACUAUAGUAAAAUAAACACUGCGCUCAGAUAAUCAAUGACUCUUUAUAAUUCCACAUUCCAAUAAAGGCCCCCUCGUACCUAGCCCCCUGAACACAGCCACACACACCUCGCGAUCACGAUGGAGAGCAACGAAACGGUCAGCACGUACUAUUACGUACCGUCAAAGGACGUCUGCUUGGUGCUGAACAAAACCAAAAUCAUCCUGAAUCUGUACGAGGGAAUCCCGGAGACGCUGCUGUUGAAUGUGAUCGCGUGGGUAAUUCUGAUCCUACUGUUCACGCUGCUCCGCCAGCAGGCGUGGGAUUACGGGCGGCUGGCGCUGGUCAACAGUCACGGCGAGAAUAAACGAUGGACGCAGCUGUUCUACGCCCAUGGGAACGUGAACGGGCUGGUAGGGGUUGAAACGAGCGACACCGCCAUCAACAUCGAUCGAGGAUUUUUCUCGUGGAUUCUGGCCACUUGGAGGCUUACGAGGGAGCAAAUCUUGGCGCACAGUGGCCCGGAUGCGGUACACUAUUUGUCCUUCCAGCGGCAUUUGAUGGUGCUGAUGGCGAUCAUAACGUUCAUCUCGAUCACCAUCAUUCUGCCGAUCAAUUUCUCCGGCACGCUGAGUGGUGAUAAACAUUCCUUCGGGCAUACAACAAUAUCCAAUUUGGACCCCGAUUCAGCCUCGAUGUGGGCUCAUGUCAUCUUCGCCAUUGCCUACGUUCCGAUGGUGGUUUUGAUCAUGCGAAGGGCAUCCGGUAGAAACGCGUUCAAGACAGCUCCAACCCGAACCCUUAUGGCGACUAAUGUCCAGCUAGAUUGCGAUAAGCAAACUAUACAGACGUAUAUGCAGGAACUGUUUCCGGACGUGGUAGUUUGUGACGUUCAGCUAGCGUACAAUAUCAGCAGUUUGAUUAAGGCAGCCGCCGAGUAUGAGCGAAUCGUGGAUGCGAGAAUUUACUGCGAGGUCCAUCGAACACGUGAUCGGGAACCCGUCAAGGCGAAACUCUCAUGCUUCUCGUGUCAGAAGGUAGACGCAUUGGAAUACUACAAACAGGAAGAGACAAAAUUGGCAGGUCAAGUUUCCCGCUUACGUGCGUCAGCUUUGAACGAACCUCUUGGGAUCGCCUUUAUCACUCUGAACUCGGCUCAGGAGGCCCAGCAUGUUAUCCUUCAUUUUAAACCGGGCACCUACCGGGAAUGGAAUCUUACAUACGCACCCGCACCGUCGGAUAUUUUCUGGGAAAACCUCAACAUUGAUAACGCCCAAUGGUACUGUAAAUGGAUCACGGUAAAUUUGGUCCUUUUCCUGUUUCUAUUUUUCCUGUCCACCCCGGUGAUUAUCGUCAACCAGUUGGAUACGUUUGCAUUGACCAAAAACACGACAUCACAGAUCAGUAAGUUGAGUCCGCUCGUCUCAGAGUUCCUUCCAACGUUGCUGCUGUGGUCCCUAUCGGCACUAAUGCCGGUAAUUGUGGCAUAUUCGGACACCUGGCUUUCCCACUGGACACGAUCGAUCCAGAACUAUGUGAUCAUGACGAAAACGUUCGGAUAUCUACUUUUCAUGAUCCUCAUAUUGCCAUCGCUUGGACUGACCAGUGCGGAAGCGUUCCUGCAGUGGACCAUACACGCGAACGAAACCUACCGCUGGGAGUGUAUAUUUUUGCCGGACAAGGGUGCAUUUUUCGUGAACUACAUCAUAACGGCGGCUUUCAUUGGUACGGCCCUGGAGUUAAUAAGAUUCCCGGAUUUAAUCUGCUACAUGUGGAAGCUCGCAACGGCAAAAUCUCGCGCCGAAACGCCCUACAUCAGGAAAACGAUUCUGAUCACCUUCCCGUUCGGUAUUCACUAUGCCUGGAUGGUGAUGGUCUUCACGAUGAGCACCGUCUACAGUCUCGCUUGUCCGCUGAUUAUGCCAUUCGCUAUGGUUUACAUUUGCUUCAAACACUUCGUCGACAAACACAAUCUGUACUUCGCGUUUGCCCCUUCGAACAUGAUCAGCCAGGGCAGCGGGGGCAAGAUUCACAGCACGGCAGUCACGAUGACAAAGUUUUCCGUGGUGUUGCUGCUUUUCAUAAUGGCUGCCCUCUCCUGGGUGCGGGCCGGAGGACUGGAAAUGCGUGCAAUGAUUCUGAUUCUGGCUCUGUGUCUAACAUUGGUGAUGUUUACGUUUAUGUCCCCGAUCAAGAGAUGUACGACGAAACCGCUGAGCAUCGUGGAAGCGGAAGGUCCGGCGCCCAUCUAUGUAGCGGAUGUGCUCAUCAAUCGAAGGAUGGUGUCCGACAGUCCGUCGCAUCUGAGCUACGGCUCGGAUACCACUAUGGAUAUAGCGAUGAAUGAUGCCGGCAGGAGUGUGACGGCGUGAUGUGUUGGAAACCCGCUCAGUAUUAGCCCUCAAACACACACACACUCACUCACUCUCUCCGCACGAUGCUUUCUGCGAAUGUGAUUUUUUUUAUAUAGAAUUUAUAACCAUUUUUAUUUAGCUCGAUUGUAAGAAGGUUAAAUUAUUCUUCUAUAGAUUUAUUGUUUAUUGAUCCGCGAUUGAGAUGGAUAUGUGCACCAUGUUAAACCGCUUUUCGUUGUACUUUUUAGGGCACUAGGAACGUCAUUCCAUGUUGUCGAAUGUUUGAUACGAGUAUUUUGUCCGUUCCAAAACCUCUACCACUCUUAGUUUUGACACCUUUCCCUACAACUAAUAAUUAACACUGUAGAUUAUUUCCGCGCUUUGCGCAUGUAAAACUGGUCUUGGAAAAAAAAUCAAUAUUGGACAGUAUCUGUUGUUAGCGAGUGAUAUCGAUUAGAGUCAAAACCGAUAAUUUUCUACUACUAGGCUAGCCUGAAAGGCUCAACAAUUUACCAGCACUGACAUUGCGCAUAUUUGAUAACACAACUAGAGACUGUGAAUGUUACUGAGAAACAUUGAAAUUAUAUUAAUACCUUCGGCAACACUUUGGAUGAGUUUUAUUUGGAAAGAACGUUCGAUAGUAACUAUAAUUGUCCUACGGUAUUUAAACCAUUUGUAAGCAAAUUUUGUCGGAUAGGUUGGAAGAACAUUAUAGGAUAAUACGAAUCUGGCUUUUUUCCAAGUUGAACACGAUGAACAUCAAAUAAAAACAAAAAUUCCUCCGCCUAAUCUAA